AUGCGGCGAUCCUCGACCGGUCCUUCAAUAUUGAAGACGGAAGGGGAUGAACCUAUUGCCGAUAGAUUCUCAUCAGUUCUGCAUCUCUUCACUAAGACAUAUGAUUUUCUUGAAAUCGAAAACCUGAAAUUUUAUAUUCCUAAUAUUCCUAAGAAAAAUCUUCAACUCAUUUCAUACGAUGUAAACAACAUAUAUGAGUGCAUCACACGUAUUCAAAACACACAAAAUCUCUUUACUUUUUCACCUCAAUUUUUAUCUAUCUCAGUUAGUAUGAAUUCAGUCGCUGGUCUUAUUUGUAAUGCAUUUGGUUGGCUAUUGACCCCUAUAGAUGACUCAUUUGUCGAUGACUUUUUCCUUCUUUUCAACUCUUUAGUUACUUCUUUAUACGUCGAAUUUAACGAAUCCAUACUUCUUUCAUUACACAUGUGUCUUACAUACUAUUACAAACAAGGAUUUUCACAAAUUCCUCAAAAAUCUUUAACACAACUUUUAACAAUUUUCUUACACAUGAACAAAUUCAGCAAAAACCACAUCUCAUUCAUAUCUAUUAUGCUCUGUGAUCGUGAUAACUACGAAGAAAUCGUUGUUACAUUGAUU